AUGAACGAAGGAAAAUCAAAUUUAAGGAAUAUUAUUACUAAGGGACCCGAUUUUGCCUUAGAUACACCAUUAGACAAUUUUUUUACUGACUUAGAGAACGAGUUAAUCGCAAAACUUUUCUUAUUUACAAAUGAUGAAUCUUCUAACCAAGGUUCUUUAUAUGCAUAUUUAGGAUUUUUAGAUAACAAAUCCUUUGUUGAUUAUUUAUUAACCAAAAUUAAAAAAUUACAUCUUUUAAUUAUACAGAGACAAAAUGAUUUAAUUAAAGAUAAAAAUAAUUUAUUGCCUAUAUCAUUACAUGAUAUGAAAUACAUGGAUCAAUUGUUUGCACUUCUAAUCGUUCAUGGAAUUGACGCUAAUUUAAUACCCAAAUUACGUAUACCACUAGAAUUAAGAAGAUUGAAAUCAUUUAAAAAUGAUGACAAAACGUUAAUGAUACCGAAAGAACAUACUCCAGAUUCCAAUAUACUAAGAAAUGUUCUGAUGUUUCUAUAUGGAGUUAUAACAUGUGAAACAAAUAAUUUAACGAAAGAAAAUUACUUAACUGAUAGGGAAAAUGAAGCCAAUAGUCACAUUACCAACAGAAAUGAUUAUUUAAGAUCUGUGAUUAUAAAGGGCCCUCUAUAUACAAACUUGUAUUUAGGAUUUCUACAAUUACAUAUAUCAUAUCCUGAAGAUUCUGAAAUUUUAUCCAAAUUAAAUAAGGUGGAAGACUGUCAAGAUACGUAUUCAUUAUUCACUUUGUAUACGUUUCUAACUCAAUGUAUACAACUAACUGAAGCAAAAUUAUUUAUAUUGGACGAAUUGACGACUUUACCAAUACGAAGAGAGACAAAUGGGCUUAUAACUCUAAUUGAUUUUGUACUUGGUGUUAGAGAAGAUGAACAAAUCGAUAACGAAAAAAUUCAACGUGUGAAUAAGAUAGUCUUAUCCAAACCAAAGAAUAUUUCAAAUAAGGAGUAUUUAACCAAAAUAUUCGAUCAAAUAUAUGAUGGAAUGACUUUUGUUAAUAGACCCAUACUGAUAACUUGUUUAAAUGGGAUCACCACUGAAUUUUUCUACAAGAAUAAAAAGAUCAUAAGAGAUUUUUUAUUUAAAAAAAUCUAUAAAAUAUUAUUUAAUUAUCCUGUUCAAAAUCGUAGUAUUAAGGAAUUAAAUGAUAUGUUUAAUGUUCUUAUAUCAUUAUCUAAAAAUGUGUCAACAGAUUUGAUCAUUGAUUUAACUACUGGGUUUGAUGAAAGAGGAUUCUACUUAAACAUUUGGAUAUAUUGUUUAUUUUUGCUGAAGUAUCAAAAAGUGGAUCCAAUAAUUGCUAACAAUUUUCAAAAGGAAAAUAAUGUCCCAUACUAUGAGGUUAUUUUAUCAUUAUUACAAACUUUUAUUAUCAUUACAAAUAAUUAUUCCAUACUUGAAAAGAUCAAUUUAAAUUUAUUAAAUUUUGAUCAUGACGACUGGGCUUAUUGUAUAGAUUUAGAGACCCAAUUACCGUAUGUCAAAAUCAAAAAUAAUAAAAUAUAUGAGGAAAAUAGUAAUAUUAUCAAAAACCUUACAAAAACACCUGAAAACCGAGUGGAGACUGUAUCACAAUUAUUCAAGGAUAUGGACCUUGCUAUUGAGUUAUAUGUGAAGUUAUUACAUUUAAUCAAUAAUCCAGAAAUAAUAACCAGGUCAUUUUUAUCUAUAUUAUCUAGAUGGAUACAGUAUAUCUCAACAGAUUCAUCGAGGGCAAUAAAUUCCAAUUUUAAUACUAACAAUGAUCAAAAUAAAGAAAAGGAUGCAAAUGAUAGUAGUAUGGCCAAUAAAGACAAUCUAAGCAAGAAUUUAUUGAUUAUUCUUGACUUAAAGAUUUUGCAGAAGAUAAAUGAGGAUUUCAAAACGGAUUUAGUAACUAAUAAAAAAGAUGUUCUUCUAAUGAUAACUAAAUUAUUAGAUUUCAUUAACGUUGAGGGGAUGUUGGAAGAAGAUAGCAAAUCUUUACUAAUGAACAGUGAUGAAAGAGAUUCCGAUGAUGAAGAUGAAGACGAAGACAAGAAGAUAGAAUCUAAUUUAGAGAUAAAAAAGAUCCCAAUUAUUUCAUUACAAAUAGUUACAGAACUUUUGGAACUAAUAGUAUCCGAUUUACUAUCACAAAAUGGAGGAAAUAGAGAUAAAGAAUUUACUACUUUGUUACUUGAAAUUGAAAAGAAAUUAGCAUGUCUACAAACAACAGAUAAUGAUCAGUUAAGAUCUAUAUCUGAUGUUAAAGACAAAAUCCAAGAAUAUGUUUCAAGAAAUCAAUUGCCAGCAUCUGCAUCGCUGCUUCCUAUUAGCAAAGAGUCUAGUCAAUUAAGGAAUGAUAAAGAAAUACUAAAUAGAGCAUUAAUAAAUCUAAGUGAUAAUUUAGCACCCAUUAGAGUGCAUGGAUUAACAGAACUAAGACAAUUAAUUAAAGAUAAUUCCACAGUUAUAUCGGUAGAUAGGGUAGUUCGAAUCCAUUUACAAAAUUUAAAAAAUUUAGAUCCAUUUGUAUACUUAAAUGCAAUCAAAGGAUUAACUGAAUUAGUGGAAAUAUCACCAAUAGAAACGUUGACACUGAUAUUAAUUUUUUAUUCAAAUGAGAAUAAAAAAUAUAAAGUCGAUGAAAUUUUGAGGACAGGUGAAGUUAUAGUGAAUUAUAUUCAAAGAGAGAAUAAAUUGUUUCAAGGGGAGUAUGCAAAUAAAAUAAUUGAUAUAUGUUUAAACAAGGUACGUCAACAUGACAAAUUGGAUAAUAGAUUAAGAAUGUCUGCAAUGUCAAUACUUGGUGUAUGUUUACAAGUUAAUGCGUUAGGUAUAAGAGAUAGAAUCAGAGAGAUAUUAGAUUGCGUGUUUGGUGUAUUAACCCUUGAAAGCAGUAAUAACACUAGAGAGAAAAAUAAAUCAUCGACUUCAUUUGUUAUGAGAAGAAGUGCAGUUCAUUUAAUACAUGAUUUACUUUACAAUGCUGAUAUGACACUUUUUCCUAAGGAAUAUAAUUUAGCACGAAUCAAGACUCUAUUAGAAUAUACAAAGAUGCAUGAUGAUGAUUAUCUUGUAUGUGAACAAAUCAAUCAAUUACUAGAUAUAUUAGAGAAGUUCCAUGUUUCAGAUGUUGUUACACAAUUGUCGGAACUUAACUGA